AACAAAAACAUCUUCAACUAUGCAUAAAUCAUUUGAAUAGAUACCCCUCUCAUUGUCAUAAACCCAACGAACUUAAUCAAAGUUCAUAUUUAUGAGCAUCCCAAUCACAAUUGCACCACCAAUAUUGUGAUUGGGAAGCUACCAUCACCUCAUUAACACAAUGAUUCGUCGUCUCGUUUCAAUUCUUGUUCUUUCAUGGAUCUUUUUUUCUCCAUGCCAUGCAGAAAAUUCUGGGUCCCCAAAAGGAAAAUCUGCACAUGAGAAUAACUCAAUAAUACCAUUAGCAGCAUCAAGAACGUACAGAAUUGACCCAAGUAAUAAUUUCAAUUACUACGAUGGUGGAUGGGAUAUUACCAAUACACAUUAUUAUAUGUCUCUUGCUUUUUCUGGUGUUCCUCCGGUUGCUGUUGCUGUCUUGUGGUUUGUGAUGGUGGCAAUUUCCUUCACCAUCAUAGCUUUCUUGAGUUGCUGUGGCUGCUGCAAGGGAAAGCCUAGGACUGAGUACUCUCGACCCAUUUAUGCAGUAUCACUCAGCUUUAUCGUGCUCUUCUUGAUCAUGGCAGCAAUUGGAGGGUUUUUCCUUUACACUGGACUUCAGAGUUUCGAGAUUACUGCAAAUGAUGUCUCAGAUGUUCUGGUCACGAAAGCAAACUCAAUAUUCAAUAUUGUUGAGAGUGUGAUAACCAAUCUUGCAGCGGCCAAGAACAUACAAGUAGCUGGUUUAACUCUUCCGGAUGAUAUCAAACAAGGCAUUGAAAUGGCUGAAGAUUUCACCAACCAAGCUGAUAUUAUUAAGAGUCAAGCAGAGCAAACUGCAAGAAUCUCAAUGGAAUUCCUUAAUGCUAUAAGCGAGAGUCUGCUCAUUGUUGGCUCUAUGAUGCUUAUUUUGGCAGUGAUUGGCUUCAUGGUCUCUGUUUUUGGCUGGAAAGUAGUCGUUUAUAUCUUGCUUUUGUUUGGGUGGAUCCUGGUCACAAUCACAUAUUUAUUGAGCAGCUUAACUUUGGUUGUUCAUAAUGGUGUAGCUGACACAUGUGAUGCAAUAGAUGAAUGGGUUCAACACCCACGAAGUGAAUCAGCUCUGAGUAAGCUUCUUCCUUGCAUGGAUGAGGCAACAACCCAGACAACCUUGGACAUAAGCAAAAACACCUCGUACCUUGUGGUAAAUUUGGUUAAUGAAUUUGUAACUAAUGUAGCCAACAACGAUAAUCCUCCGAUGGCUGAUAAGGAUAUAAAGUACAAUCAAUCUGGUCCAGCCUUGCCCCUCAUCUGCAAUCCAUUUUACCCUAACAUGACUGAAAGGAAAUGUGAGACUUUGGAAAUAACCUUAACGGGUGCACCUACUGCAUAUAAGAGUUUUUUAUGCAAUACAUCCCCAUCUGGUACGUGCAUUACAGUGGGGAGAUUGACUCCUUCACUGUACUCGAAGGUUAUGGUGGCUACCAACUUGAGUGACUCACUGUAUCGAAAUGGUCCAGUUUUUGCUCUACUAUUAAACUGUUCUCUUGUCAUAGAAACCUUUGAUGAAAUCAAUAACAAUGAUUGCCCUUCCUUCAAGAUAAACAGCCACCAGAUAUACAUUGGCUUGGCGUUGGUUUCAACUGCAGUAAUGUGUUCUGUGAUUUUGUGGGUUGUCUUUGUCAAAGAAAGACAAGUUCAGAUAUCUUCAAAGAAAACUAUGACAACAACAACAACUGGUGUAAAUCCACAGUACCAUGACCAUGAUGUAGUUCCACAAGACCAAGAACACCAUAGCACACUAUAAUUUCAGCAAGGUCUUAAUUAACUUGGUAAGAAUUAAAGAUGGUGAAUUAUGAUUACUAAUCAUUUAAACUAGGAUGUAACUCCUCUGAAGGUAUUUUAUACUUUGGAGAGUGAAGUAUAUAUUAUAGAGUUUGGAUUCUCUACUGAUUUUUUCUGUUGUUUUUCUGCUGUGCCUUCAAAAUAUACUGAUGGUCAUUAAUUUUAAAAUAUAUUAAAAUUAUCUUUAAAAUACUAAACAAUGUGU